CAGGCACACACACACACACACACACACACACACACACAAAGACAAGGGUGCAUGAACUAACCAGACUGACAGAAGAACCUUCCGUUGGACCGAAAAGAGACAGUCUAGAUGAAAAACACCGAUAAAGAGAGGUAGAUCUGAGGCUAGAGACAAGUAAAAGACAGGCACCUGGUCCCACAAGGACAUGUGAUUGUGGAUCAGCAUCAGGACUAAAGAAAAAACACGAGAGGAGCGAAGAGUGGAUAUUCUCCUUCUUGACAGGACAGACCAACACCAGCAGCUAAAGAAGAACCAAUGAGACCAGCCUCCAUCACACAUGCCCUUCCUCCCUUGCCAACCUGUCUUCCACCAUCCUCUACCUGUCCGCUCAGUGUCAUCCUGUGGAUCUGCUAGCAGACGGACAUUACUGGCAUCAUGCCGGCUGCGUUGAAGUCAUCUCUGGAUGGGAGCAUGACAGAUUCAGGGGAGCUGGAACAGGCGGCACCUCCCUGUCUUGGAAAAGUGCCCCGCGACCUGCUCCAAAACUUUCCUCACACUAAGCGUGUGGGCAGCUACCUGGUGGGCAAAAUGAUCAACAAGGGCUCGUUCGCCAAAGUCAUGCUGGGCAUGCACAUCAGUACAGGAGAGAAGGUAACAGGCACACACCCAGUCUCUUACACGCAGACGCCUGUCAAUCAAAGGCACAGUGUCACACACUAAGGGUGUCAGUCAUCAGUGCGCUGAAGGGUUGUCAUCCAUUUUUCAUGCUGUCUCGCUGUCUCGGCUUUCAUAGCGACUCCGUCUUGCCUAAUCUCUGA